UUCCAAUGGUCAAACUUUACAUUAUAAUUGCUUUCAUUAUUGUUUCGAUUUCUACCAGUUCACCUAAACCUACCAAAUGCGGAACAAUUGACGACGACAAAUCAAAAAUUCCAAAUUUGUUGAUGGAACCGAGUAAAUAUUUCGUUUUCAAUGGUCCAUUUGAUAAGUUAUCUAUGGAUUAUUUCAUACUCCGACAUCCAGAAUUUCAACGAAUUGCUUAUAAUGUCACAUUGAAGCAGUCAAAAGAUUCGAAGAUUUUUUUGAGAGAUCCCAAUGGAAUUAUUGAAGAAAAUGCUACCGAAAAACUUGUUCACAUUGGAUUUGAGCCGUUUAAUUAUACGGAAAAUAACAAGGAGUUUUCGAAAGAUAAAAUUCGAAUCCAAUGGAUGAAUGUUCCAAAGGACGCUUCUCCGGAUUCAAUUGAAAGUUGCUUAGACACGUGGUUUUUGGUUGGAGCGGAACGUCACACACUAAAAAUAAAAUAUAAUUCGUGAUUCAGAAGGCAUUUUCAUGGUUUUCUGCAAUAUAGAACUUUUAAUUUUGAAUGUAUGAAUAUGAAAAUAUUUUUUUGG